AUGACCGUAUCCAGAUAUAACUUGCUGGUCGUCCUCACGGUGGCCUUGGGCUCGUUUGCCUAUGGGUUUGACUCGGCCAUCAUCGGCUCCGUUUUUGGACUCCCUUCGUUCUUCUCCUAUUUUGCGGCGAAUGGACUUUUUGCCGGAGGCGGGAUGAUUGGGGCCGCCUUCAAUGGCUGGCUGGCUGACCGUCUGGGUCGAGUCAAGGCGAUCCAAAUCCCGUGUGUGCUGGGAGUGAUUGCGGCCGCCAUCAUGGGGGCCUCGGUGCGGAUUACGAUAUUCUUGGUGGGCAGGUGCUUGAGUGGAAUCGCGUGUGGCAUGUUUAGUAUUGUAACUCCUCUAUACCAGUCGGAAAUCUCCCCCGCCCACCAGCGAGGGAAGAUGGUUGGCUCGCAUGGAAUACUGGUUGUGACGGGUUAUGUGAGUGUUCACGCCACUGCGGAUUUCGAGGGACUGGACCGCGUUCAAGCUGACGAGGUUGUUUGGGGAUCUGUCGCUCCACUUCUUCUUGUGUUGACUACUCCGUGGAUCCCGGAGUCCCCACGGUGGCUCAUCGCCCAGGGUCAGCGGAACCAAGCAUGGUCAAUUCUGAAGAGACUCCAGCCCGUCACCACGGACCAUGACGGAUCGACCGUGGAGACGUAUAGGGAGAUCUGUGAGCAGAUCGCCGUUGAGAGCGAGAGAUCCAACAAUGUUCUGCUAUGGAACAACCUGGGGCUGUACGGCUCCCUCCCUCUACUACUCUACUCGGUCUACACCAGCUGGGCCGCCAUCCUGAAUUGGGUAGCCAGCCGGAUGGUCGACCGACUGGGCCGAGUGCGCAUGAUGGUAGUAGACAUUUGUGGAUGCGUGGUCAUGAUGAGCUGCUACACCGCGGUGGUAGCCCGGUAUAGCAGCACAGAUAGCCAAGCGGGCAACGUCAUGGAGAUUGUAUUUCUCUUUCUGCAUGUGAAAUUUUACGCCAUCUUCGUGGACACGGUCAGCUAUGUCUACUGCUCGGAGAGAUUCCCGCUGCAUGAGCGUGCCAAGGGGAUGGCCCUGUCCAUCUUUGGGCUUUUCAUGAUGACCUUAAUCUACACCGAGGCGGCUUCGACUGCAUUUACCCGGGUCGGGUGGAAGUACUAUCUAGUCUUUAUCAUAGUGCCCGCUUCAGGGGUGCCCGUUUUGGCUCGUCUUCCGGAAUCAAAGGGACUGACUUUGGAAGAAAGUGCCACCCUUUUUGGUAUCCCAACUCCUCCCCUGGGUUAUAUGGAGAAGGCUCAGGUCGAGCACAUCGAGGGCACUACUUCGGGAGAAGAUGUCCCGGACACUAUGAAAAUUAGGCAUUGA